AUGGCGGCGAGUCAGGGAGGUGGUGGUAACAGUGGGGGCGGCGGUUGUGGUGGAGGUGGAAGUAGCGGUGGCUGUGGCGCGGCCGGAGGGGGAGGUGGCGGAGCCGGAGUGGGAGGCGGCGGCGGCGGCGGCGGCGGGACCCUGGUGGUGCCCAUCCCGGUACCGACUCUUUUCGGUCAGCCGUUCCCCAACGGGCCGCAGUGGAACCCGGGGAGCCUACAGCCUCAACACACCGUGAGGAGCCUGGACCGGGCCCUGGAGGAGGCGGGCAACUCCGGCAUCCUGAGCCUCAGUGGUAGGAAACUCCGAGACUUCCCGGGCAGCGGCUACGACCUGACGGACACCACCCAAGCAGAUCUUUCAAGAAAUCGUUUUACAGAAAUUCCUUCUGAUGUCUGGUUAUUUGCACCUCUUGAAACGUUAAAUUUAUAUCAUAAUUGCAUCAAAACCAUUCCUGAAGCCAUUAAAAACCUACAGAUGUUAACAUACCUUAAUAUUAGUCGAAAUCUUUUAUCAACAUUGCCAAAAUACCUAUUUGAUCUUCCCCUUAAAGUUUUGGUCCUCAGUAAUAAUAAACUGGUAUCCAUUCCAGAAGAAAUCGGGAAGUUAAAAGAUUUAAUGGAAUUGGAUAUUAGCUGCAAUGAGAUUCAGGUUCUUCCCCAACAAAUGGGAAAAUUACAAUCACUUAGAGAGCUAAAUAUAAGAAGAAAUAAUCUUCAUGUAUUGCCAGAUGAAUUAGGAGAUCUUCCCUUAGUCAAGCUGGAUUUCUCUUGUAAUAAAGUGACUGAAAUUCCAGUUUGUUACAGGAAGCUGCAUCAUUUACAAGUAAUAAUUUUGGAUAACAAUCCAUUGCAAGUACCACCAGCGCAGAUAUGUUUAAAAGGUAAAGUACACAUAUUUAAAUACUUAAAUAUCCAAGCAUGUUGCAGAAUGGAUAAGAAACCAGAUUCUCUGGAUCUUCCAUCAUUGAGUAAAAGAAUGCCCUCCCAACCUCUCACAGACAGUAUGGAAGAUUUUUAUCCAAAUAAAAAUCAUGGCCCUGACUCUGGAAUUGGAAGUGAUAACGGAGAGAAACGAUUGUCUACAACGGAACCAUCAGAUGACGACACAAUCAGCCUUCAUUCUCAAGUCUCAGAAUCAAAUAGAGAGCAGACAUCAAGAAAUGACAGUCACUCAGUAGGAAGUAAACUUGAUUCUCAGAAAGACCAGGAGGUGUAUGAUUUUACUGACCCCAACACAGAUGAUGUAGCAGUUCCUGAACAGGGAGAUGCACCUAUUGGAUCAUUUGUCACUUUCCUUAAGGGAAAAGAAAAAGGCCCUGAAAAAUCUCAGAAAAAUGAAGAAUUGGGAGAUGAAAAAACACUUGGGAAAGAGCAAUUACUUGCCGAGGAAGAAGAUGAUGGUUUGAAAGAAGUAACGGAUUUGAGGAAAAUAGCUGCUCAGUUAUUGCAGCAAGAGCAGAAGAACAGGAUUCUUAAUCAUUCAACUUCCGUCACAAGAAACAAGCCAAAACAAACUGUGGAAUGUGAAAAGAGUGUCUCAGCAGAUGAAGUUAAUUCACCAUUAUCACCCCUCACAUGGCAGCCCUUAGAAAGUCAAAAGGAUCAAAUAGAUGAACAACAGUGGCCAGAAUCUCAGCCUAUAAUCUGGCAGAGUGAAGAAAGGAGGCGGAGCAAACAGAUUAGAAAAGAAUAUUUCAAGUAUAAAUCAUCAAGGAAGAGUUCAAGUGGCAAUGAAAACGAUGAGCAAGACAGUGAUAAUGCUAAUAUGUCACCACAAUCUCCAGUAUCAUCUGAGGAUUAUGAUAGAACUGAUGCUUUUUCACAUGGUCCCUUUGGCUUGAAGCCUAGAUCAGCUUUUAGCCGCUCAUCUCGUCAGGAAUAUGGGGCAGCAGAUCCAGGUUUUACAAUGAGAAGAAAGAUGGAACAUCUACGGGAAGAACGAGAGCAAAUACGACAACUUCGCAAUAAUCUCGAAUCCAGGUUAAAAGUAAUUUUGCCUGAUGACAUUGGAGCUGCACUGAUGGAUGGGGUUGUUCUUUGCCAUUUAGCCAAUCACAUAAGGCCACGCUCUGUAGCUAGUAUUCAUGUGCCAUCACCAGCAGUGCCUAAACUUAGCAUGGCAAAAUGUCGAAGAAAUGUAGAAAAUUUUCUUGAUGCUUGUAAAAAGCUGGGUGUCUCACAGGAAAGACUCUGUUUGCCUCAUCAUAUUUUGGAAGAAAGAGGUCUUGUGAAAGUUGGUGUCACAGUUCAGGCUCUUCUUGAAUUACCUACAACCAAGGCAUCUCAGCUUUCUACGGCUUGA